AUGCAAGAUGUACUUGCCAUUGUCAUUAAUGGCAAUCCUUCAACAAAGACUGCAACUGGAAAACGAAUUCAAGAGUUUAUUGUCAUGGACAAGCUGAAAAAACCAACAAAACUAACACUUUGGGAGGAUUUUAUUAAUCAUGAGGGAGUUAAACUUUUCAACCAACUUCAUGAUUACCCGAUCAUUCUUGCUAGGAGCAUUGGGAAAUCAUCCUCAGGAACGUCAAAUAGAUUCGUUGGUUUGACGAGUAAAUUCAAUAUAACAAUUGAAAUCAAUCCUCCAUAUCCACAGGCUGCUGAGUUAAGGACGUGGAUCAAAACAAUUGAAACAAAGCUUGUUACUUAUAAGAUGAAAAGUACAACUCCAAUAGGCUCUAUUAUGUUGAUUCCAUUUGAGGAUGAGGUUAUAUCUGUGGCUAACAUCCAGGCACAACCUCCGGGACAAGUAUUUAAUGUUCAGGCUGAAUUGUCCCUUCCAAGUAAGGAUCAACUCUUUAGUGUGUUAGCAUGCUCAAAUUGUAAGCAAUUGUUCACAAGAUAUAACGUGCGAAGGGAAAUCUACUGCACAAGUUGUCACCGAUCCACGCAUCUUAUUCCUAGAUGUCAAUUUGAAGUUACUAUUAAGGACAACAGCAGUUUUGCAACAGUUAUUGUUUCGGAUGAAAUUGCAGAGAAAUUGUUGCACCUCACUUCAGAAGAAAUUUAUGAAAUUUGCUUCGUCAAGAAAGAAACAUUAUCGCUCCAAAAUGUGGAAGAUCAAUUGAACGGCAAGAUAUUCAACAUUCAAAUGAAAAGGCUAUUCACAAAAAAAUUGGAUGCAACGUAAAAAUUAUCCAUUUUGUCUUA